CACUUUCCGGCUUGGGCCCUACGAGAUGGCUCCUGCGAAAAAGGGCGGCGAGAAGAAGAAGGGCCGUUCCGCCAUCAACGAGGCGGUGACGCGGGAGUACACCAUCAACAUCCACAAGCGCAUCCAUGGAGUGGGCUUCAAGAAGCGAGCUCCCCGGGCACUGAAGGAGAUCCGGAAGUUUGCCAUGAAAGAAAUGGGUACACCAGAUGUGCGCAUUGAUACAAGGCUCAACAAAGCUGUGCGGGCCAAAGGAAUAAGGAACGUCCCGUACCGCAUCCGCGUGAGGCUGUCCAGGAAACGGAACGAGGAUGAAGAUUCACCCAACAAGCUCUAUACUCUGGUUACCUACGUGCCUGUCACCACUUUCAAAAAUCUACAGACUGUCAAUGUGGAUGAGAACUAAAUAAAGUUGUAAGACUGCCCUUCUUUCCUAGCAAAAAAAAAAAAAAAAAAGAAGUA